AUGUGUCAGGGUCGGUGAAAGUGAAACUAAAGCGAACCUGGGUUUUGCAGGGGAAAUCCGCCGCUUUAGUCCGUAUUGUAACAGCAGAAAACAGUAUCUGACAUCCGAGGGGAGACGAACAACAAUGACGGACUUUUCUACAAUUUAUAAACUGUCUCUGGUCGCAGUUACCUGCCUCAUACAAGCGUGCAGCAGCAGCUGCCCGGUGUUGGAGUGCUGGUUUGUGCAGGAGAAGGCCGGUCGAGGAGGAGGUUUAACUGCAGCUACGACUCAGGAAAAAUCUCUGCUUCACGUCAGAACAGACCCAAACAGAGCAGAGUCCCGACACACUCCAUCUGAUAUCAACCCUGACAGAGUCUACUUUGUUACAGACCCAGCUGCCACUCUCUGCCACCGCUCCCUCAACCCUCCCAAAGGCUCCAUCAAGAAGCCCCAGUGUGAGAUCAACCCCUUCCUGCCGCAGAUCUCCAGCCUCAAAUGGGUCACUCCACUCACAGACUCUGCCUUCAGCCCCAUGUACCUGCAAGCUGAUUGGUAUUCAGCCGCACUACAGGGGCUCAACAAGCAGAUGGGUGUUUCCACUAUCAUGCGUGCUCCCACAGCGUCUAAGGAGAACAAUGUGGUCCUGAGUGUCACCAGUAAAACAGUCUCGGUGAAGGCCAGGCUCGGGAAGCCGGUGCUGCUGGACUGUGGCUUCUGGGUCGACCCGUCCUCGCCUCUGGCCGGGAUGGGUUUUGCCGUCGAGUGGCGCUACCAGUUCAGAGGCGAGGGCCGACUUGUUCUGGCGUAUGACGGGAAGACGGACCGCCUGGCCGACACACAGGAGGAAGGAGCCAUGCUGGACUUCGAGGGUUUGCACACGAAGGGAAACGCAUCCCUAAUCCUGCAGGAGGCUAAAGUGCGUCACUCCGGGACGUACAUUUGUACAGUGUAUCUGCCGUUCCUUCUGGCUCAGACGGCGAUGGAGCUUGACAUUGUUGAACCUCCAUCCCUCUCCAUCCACCCCUCCCCUCUGCCCCUCGCUGUUCCCGGCCAGACUUUGGUUGUCCAGUGUGAAGCGUCCGGCUUCGCCCCCCUCUCCCUGGAGCUGAGCUGGGAGUUUAAAGGCGCUGAUGGGAAAACCAGGCCCCUGGAGACGAGCAGCGUAACGGGCCACAGGCAGGCCUGGGAUGGCACCUUUGGGCAGACCGCACGGCUGGAGCUCGACGUCUCAAAAAUGGACCUGGGCACAGGUGGAGAGCUCACCUGUGUGGCUGUCCACCCUGGAGGCACACGACGGGCCAGCACGACCCUCAGUGUCAUCGGGUUCAGUACUCCCACUAUUGAGGACUCAAUGGCGAUGGUUGGUGUGGCAUUAGUGCUUUAUGGUCUCAUCAAGUUUGUGUCCUGGACCUUUACAAGCUCAGGCUCAGACCAGGCUGAUAAACCAGAUAAGAAAGAGAAGUAAAGAAGAAUAAAGUCGACUGAUGUGGAUGUGUGAUACUGAGCCACUGUUGUCUGUUGGAGGGGAGUUUCAGGAGCGACUGUUCACCUGUUUGUGCUGACAGUUAUUUUUAGUUUAGUGAUACAUUUUUAGUUUUUUUCUACAGAUCUGCUGGGACGCCUGCUCGCGCUCAUUCUCACUUAAUUCUGUUUAAACUGUUGUUUUCAUUUUGUUUUUUACAGAGAAGGUUUAAUCUUCCAAAGGUUAAGGGGGUUUCUGCUCAGUUUAAAAAAAACAAAAAACUGUUGUGUCAUUUUUUUAAUCUUCUUUUUUUAAAGUGAUGUAAUGUUUCAUUCUCUCAGUGUUUUAUACUGAUUUUUUUUUUCACAAACACUGGAAAAGACCCAACAAGUUACACUCUCCUGUGCUAACAGCCCCAAAAAAUCACAGAUGAAGGAUUAGACCUGGGCGUGUCCAAACUGUCCAAACUUGCAGACUUAAUUCUAUUUUUGUAAAUACAUGAAAAAUAAUGUAUGUAUAUUCUGUCAUCACAUGUUGCUGUUUUUUAUUUUAUUGUGUGUGUGUGUGUGUGUGUGUUGUUCAGACUAAAGUAGGAAUGAUGCUCUGUCCAUUACUAAAACUGAAGAUACAGCCUGGGCUCAUUCAAAAUAAAAUGUCCACACAAGUGCUUCCCACUUGUGUGGACAUUUUAAUGGUACAAAAAGAGCACAUCAUAAAAAUGGGAAUGAAAAUUCAUAAGUGAAGUAUCAUGGGUACAAUAAAAACAUUUCUUAAAACA